CCCCGUCCGUGGUAUGAAUCACCACCCGUCGUCGUUCCCAACCAAACAUAAAACUUUUGCUGAGGGAGAAAGUUCAGUGUGUUGAUCAGGAGGCAGCAGUGUGCACGAAGAACAUCGAUAUAUUUUUAAUUUGUGAAAGUUUUAUUUUGAAUAUAAUUUAGUGGGUUAUUUGAAAAUUAGGAAAGAAGGCAGUCGAUUUCACUCGGAAGGAUCGAAAAUGUCACUGAGGAUGGAUCUCGUGACCGCCGAGUCGGCUCAGAUGGGAAUCGUGGAACCCCAGGAGCGCUUAAAGCAGCUGGCAUCGAUGAGUAAUAGCGUUGAAGUGGAUCCAAAUAUUCCCCUCAAACGAUACUACAGAUCGGGCCUGGAAAUGGUUCGCAUGGCCAAUGUUUACAUGCAAGAGGGAAACAUCGAUGCCGCUUAUAUACUGUACAUUAGAUUUAUUACGCUGUUUGUGGAGAAAAUUCUGACUCAUCCCGAGUACAAAACUGUUUCCGCUGAUGUCAAAAUGCAGAAUAAGAAGAAACUGAAAGAGGUUCUUCCGAUCGCCGAGAAGCUAAAGCUAAAACUUAAGGAAAAGUACACUAAGGAGUACCAGCAGUUUCUGGAAGCGAAACGCUUGGAAAAAGAGCUGGAAGAGAAACGCCUGCGAGAGGAGAGAGACAGGGCCAAAGCAGCGCCACCCGUCAACCUGCCAGAGCCGAGUGCGCCCUCGCUACCGCCCUCCAUGCUAGUCGAUCCGGGCAUGCUGGAUCGGGUCCUCUAUCCGAAUGAUUUCCCAACGGAUCCCAAUCGCUCGUCCGGUGGCGGAUUGCUUCUGCCAGACACUAAACCAUUCCCGAAGCCGGCGUUCGACCGGACGCUCAAACCUUCGCCCACUUCGGUCCAAGCGGGCAGUCUGCGCUCUGUGAUAGUCCCUACCAACACGAUGGCCAAAUUCCUUGCUCUGGCCUCCCACAAUACCACGAGCAACGUGGAAACCUGUGGCAUCCUGGCGGGCCGCUUGGCACAAAACCGACUCCUUAUUACGCACGUGAUCGUUCCGAAGCAGCGAGGUACCUCGGACAGUUGCACAACGAUGAACGAGGAGGACAUCUUCAACUACCAAGAUCAGCACAAUCUGAUUACGCUCGGGUGGAUCCACACGCAUCCGAGUCAGACGGCGUUCCUGUCGUCGGUGGAUUUGCACACGCACUGUUCCUACCAGAUGAUGCUGGAGGAGGCGAUUGCCAUCGUGUGUUCGCCAAAGUAUCAGGAAACUGGCUUCUUCUGCUUAACGCCCAACUACGGACUAGACUACAUUUCGCAGUGCCGAUUAACUGGAUUUCAUCCUCAUCCAAAAGAUCCUCCAUUGUUUAUGGAAGCACUGCACAUCGUACUGGAAGAUACAGCCAAAAUUGAGGUGGUCGAUUUACGGUAAACUCCGUCGGAACGGAUUGAAAGAAGAAAACAAAAAAAAAACAUUCACAUAGGUUGCGCCACAUUGUCAGUGUUCGAUAGUGUAUUAUGUAGCAAAAAAACCCGAACGAAAACCAAACGGAUGGUGUGUGAUAAGCUUUAUUUGGUAUAUGUUGCGUCAUCGUGAGCAUAACAGGAUAUAUUUUCCUCCGCCUUAGGUUUAGAUUGGAAGGAUUCUAUUUACACAUAGGAGUUUUCAUAUUGUAGCAUCAGCAGGGCAGAUAACUAGUGUGCACAGAAACGAGGAGAUUUCUUUUUAGUCAAAUUUAAAUUGUACAGUUCGUUUGAUAAAUGCUAAAUGUGUGUGUUGAAAUUUUCCCCAUUUUGUCAAGUGCUUAAAACGAAAUUGUAGAGUUUUCAGUGUUACAAGCAAGAAUGUGUAGGAGACCUUUCUGUAUUUUCUGUUAGUUUUUGUUCAGCUGUUUUAAAAACGUAUCAAGUAAUUAUUAUCUAGUUUUGUAGCGAUUCUCUGACAUGCUUGUGUAGAUACAGGCUAAUACUAUACACUCAAAUCCUAAUGUCUGAUUGAGGCGAACUAAUUAGUCAAGAAUAAAUUUUGUUCUGAACACGUAA